CCUUCAGGAUCGCAACGAAGACACUCAAUUCUUUUCAAUCGAGAUGCUGCUAAAAGAUCCCAAGCCGGAAAGCAACUUGGCCUUUGAAAGCGACGACGACGCUGCUCUAACACCUGAGUCUAGCCAAGAAAAAUCCGUUCAGGAGGCGGAUAAUAAGAGGGAUAAAAAGUCAAUUGCCGCUCGAGCCGUGGUCUCGUCGAAGAAGAAGAAUGGUAAUGAUGAUGAUGUUGUUGUUGUUGUUGCUGCUGCGGCACUCAGUGGCGGUCCCAGCACAAGCCAGAAGCAAGAUGCACUCGAGGCAGCUUUGCAGGCGGGUCAUGACCACCUUGUCUCACAGAUUAUAUCAUACGGCAUGGAUUUAAAUAUACGCCUCUUUGGCUAUAGAUUCACAAGCCCCUUAGAUUGGUCAGUGGACCGUAAGAAGCUAUACCUAGUGCGGCUCAUGCUCGAUAACGGUGCUGAUGUGAGCUUCCCGGGCUACGGGCUUCAAGAAGGGGAUCAAUGCGGCCCAGUAUUAGUCAGGGCCAUGGCAACAGGAGAUCAGAAACUCGUUGAGCUCCUAUUGCAGAGUAGCCCGGGCCCGGUGGACUCGACGAGAGCACUGGGGCUCGCUGUUGAUCGACGAAAUAGUACCAUGGCUCAACUGCUGCUGGUAAAUCGUGCCCAGUGUGACUUCCAAGAUGAAGAUCGGCCUUUGCCUCAUGCUCCCGGCAGUGGCUGUUGCUUUGAAGAUAUAUCCCAGCCAGAAGCAUUCAUGCCUCCACUCGUUCGAGCCGUUCAUCGAGGCGAUGUUAGCCUGGUGCGGCUGCUGCUUAGGAAUGGAGCGAAUGCCAAUGUCGGAUACCAUGAUUUUCAUGCGGAUCUUGGGGUAAAGUACAUCACGUUUUCGUGCGGUAGAGUGAUCCAGUUAGCUAUAGAGUUGGGGAGACAUGAAACGAUCAAACUCUUGCUCGCCGCCGGCGCAGACAUCAGUCUUGCCCAUGGUACCGGGCCACAGUUGUUGGGAGGUAUCAAAGGCUUUCUACCAGAUCACGACGAGUAUGUUGAGGGUAGCCGUGGCCUCAGCAAGGAAAACACAAGGAAUGAUUAG